GAGGUAGGUAGGUGCAGCGGGGAGGGGUCCUGGGCAGGCCCCCUCACAUCAGCACCCCUGCGUGACGGGGCGGGGGUUGUAGCGAAGCCCCCCUGCAUUGGGACCCCUUGGCAGGGGCAAGGGUCGUGCAUUAGGACCCCCUGCAUGAAGGGGCGGGGGUUGUGGUGAAGCCCCCUUGCAUUGGGACUCGUUGGAAGGGGCAAGGGUCGUGCAUUGGGACCCCCUGCAUGAAGGGGCGGGGGUUGUGGUGAAGCCCCCUUGCAUUGGGACUCGUUGGAAGGGGCAAGGGUCGUGGGCAAGUCCCCUUGCAUCGCGACCCCAUUACAUCAGGAGCCCCUGCAUGAUGGGGAGGGGGUUGUGGUGAAGCCCUCCUGCAUCGGGACCCCUUGGCAGGGGAAAGGGUCGUGCAUUAGGACCCCCUGCAUGAAAGGAAGGGGGUUGUGGUAAAGCCCCCUUGCAUUGGGACCCCUUGGAAGGGGCAAGGGUCGUGCAUUGGGACCCCUUGCAUGAAGGGGCGGGGGUUGUGGUGAAGUCCCCUUGCAUCGGGACCCCUUGGCAGGGGCAAGGAUCGUGCAUUAGGACCCCUUGCAUUGGGACCCCUUACAUCAGGACCCCCUGCAUGAAAGGAAGGGGGUUGUGGUGAAGCCCCCCUGUAUCGGGACCCCUUGGAAGGGGCAAGGGUUGUGCAUUAGGACCCCUUGCAUGAAGAAGAGGGGUUGUGGUGAAGCUCCCUUGCAUCGGGACCCCGUGCACCAAGGGGAGGGGUUUGUGGUCAAGCCCCCCUGCACUGGGGUGGGGGGCUCUAGGCCCAAGGAGGACGGAUCAGAGCUUGCCAGCAGGGGUCACGCCAGGCUAACGUGAGGGGCUAGCGGCAGGUUCGUGGGCUUUGGCACUCGAAGCAUGGGACGGGCAUCCGAGCGGGACGAGACGUGAGGUCCGUUUGGGCUGGAGGGGGAAGGAUGGUUGGUAAACCUGCCCGCAGGACCCCUGAGCUGUGCGGGGCAAGUCCCCACGUCCUCCUGCUCGCAGCUUGUUUGGUGUGAAGGGGGAUUGCGGAGCUUGGAGGGAUGGAGGGCGCGGGGAGCAGCCGCCCCUCCUCUCCCGUGGGAGCAUUCACAGACUGGAGCUUGGCUUUCUGGACUCUGUGCUCCGUCGUCGUGCCGGUGCUCAUCACCUUGUGGUGCAGCUUCCAGCGAUCCCGGAGGCAGGUGCUGAGGCAGGACAUCUUCCGCAAGAGCAAGCACGACUGGCAGUACACGGACCUCUUUGGCCAGCCCACCUACUGCUGCGUGUGCGCCCAGCACAUCCUCCAAGGGGCUUUUUGUGACUGCUGCGGCCUCCGCGUGGACGAAGGAUGUCUCAAGAAGGCCGACCGGCGUUUCUUCUGCAAGGAGAUUGUGCUGCGGAGCGAGAGCGGGCCCGGCAGCUGCAUGCUGCACCACUGGAUCCGAGGGAACGUCCCUCUCUGCAGCUAUUGUCUCGUGUGUAAGCAGCAGUGUGGUACCCAGCCCAAGCUCUGCGACUACAGGUGCAUUUGGUGCCAGCACACGGUACAUGAUGAAUGCAUGCAGAAUUACUUAAAGAGCGAGGAGUGUACGUUCGGAGAAUUUAGGAACUUAAUUAUUCCGCCAUAUUACUUAUCCAACGUUAGUAAGAUACGUAAAGACAAAAAGCCUGAUUAUGGAAAGCUAAUGUCUUCCUGUGGGAAACACUGGAUUCCAGUAAUCAUCCUGGCUAAUACUCGUAGCGGAAACAACCUGGGCGAAAACUUGCUAGGAGAGUUCAAGAUUAUCCUAAACCCAGUGCAGGUUUUUGACCUGAAGAAAAUUGCACCUGCGAAAGCACUCCAGCUUUGUACCCUGCUGCCUUGCAAUUCUGUUAGGGUGCUUGUCUGCGGUGGGGAUGGCACGGUGGGCUGGGUCUUGGAUGCAAUUGAUGAAAUGAAGAUCAAGGGACAAGAACGGUAUAUUCCACAAGUUGCAAUUUUACCUCUGGGAACAGGCAACGAUCUGUCUAAUACGCUGGGCUGGGGUGCAGGUUAUGCUGGAGAAAUCCCAGUGGAACAAAUCUUACGAAAUGUCAUGGAAGCAGAUGGAAUUAAACUAGACAGGUGGAAGGUUCAGGUGACAAACAAAGGAUACUACAAUUUAAGAAAACCAAAGGUGUUCACGAUGAACAACUAUUUUUCUGUAGGACCUGAUGCACUCAUGGCAUUAAACUUCCAUGCACAUCGUGAAAAGACUCCAUCUCUGUUUUCCAGCAGAAUUAUUAAUAAGGCUGUAUAUUUUUUCUAUGGAACCAAAGAUUGCUUAGUACAGGAAUGCAAAGAUCUUAACAAAAAGGUUGAGCUAGAGUUGGAUGGCGAGAGAAUCAGUCUGCCAAAUUUGGAAGGUAUCAUUGUCCUCAAUAUUGGAUAUUGGGGAGGAGGCUGCAGGCUCUGGGAAGGAAUGGGUGAUGAGCCUUACCCUCUAGCAAGGCAUGAUGAUGGAUUGCUGGAAGUUGUCGGAGUUUAUGGUUCUUUCCACUGCGCACAGAUCCAAGUGAAGCUGGCAAACCCUGUUCGUCUAGGACAGGCACAUACUGUGAGGCUGAUUUUGAAGAGUUCAAAGAUGCCAAUGCAGGUGGAUGGAGAGCCAUGGGCUCAGGGGCCCUGCACUGUUACCAUAACUCAUAAGACACAUGCACUGAUGUUGUAUCACUCAAGCGAACAAUCAGAUGACGAUGCCUCCAGCGUGUCUGAGCAGGAGCACAUGAGGGAACAGACGGAUGAAGACAUAUAGGGACUGCAGAAUUCAGCGUGUGUUACUAAAAUCAAUUUUAAUGGAAAUGCAUAAUUAGCUCUGUAUUAAAUAUUCUAUCUCAAUAACAAUACCUUUUCGAUGCCGUAAGGUAUAUUCUUGUGACUGGCAAAGGGAUAAAAAAAAGCCAUGCUUUCACUUUAUUCAUGAAAACUGUACCUUGCUUUCACGUAUAUUCCACCAAGAUUUACACUGAUUGUUCUUACAGCUAAAUGUAGUUUAGUAUGUCUUGAGAAUAUGAUUUUCUCUUUUUUAAAAAUAAGCAGUGUGUGCUACUCCAACUUGAAAAAGACUUAUUUGAAGAACACGUGAAAGAAAUAGCAAGGCAGGGCUUUGAAUAAUGGAGCUGUCAUUUUAACAGGAUCAUUUCUUUGGUGGUGAUUGGCAACGUUUUUAAAACAUAUAUUUUUGGAGGUAAUAGAAUUUGCCUCAAUGUUAUCUGAAAGUAGCCAAGAGGGAAAUCAUUUUGUUUACCACCUUGGUGAUGAAUAUGGAGAUCUAGGCCAAGGUGAACAAAUCAGGAUCUAUAACUUGCAUAUAUGUGAUUAGAUUCAGGGAAAAUGUAUUGAUAGCUAAAACAACUCAAGAACCUUUAUAAACCUUUGGCCAGAUUCUUGCUCCAACCAUCAGGUAUCUGAAUGGCACUUACACAUCUAAAUGAAAUCCUGUCCUACUCUGCUUGAGUCCCUGAAAAACCGUUAACACAUUUACUUUUGUAACAUGCUUACUUCUUAACUUUUGCAUUAACGCUUUUUCAAGGACCUGAGGAAGAUUGGUUAGAGUUACUCUCAAAUGCCUUGGUAUCAUUUAUAUGCCUAAUAGGUGGAAUAAGUUCCAGUCCUUUGUUUCCUGAUGGUAUCUUAAGAGGUAAAACAUGAUUUGCAUGAUCACAUAUGGCCAUUCCUGGUGUAUAUAUUCUGAAUGUUUAACGGGACAUGUGACUGUUCUGUUUAGGUAGCCAUCAAAAUUGUCUCAAGGAAAAUACUGACAUAAUGGGAGCUUCUCAGGUUUAGGUAGUCAUCCUGGUCAAUAGAAGUCAUUAUCUGCUGUUUUGUUAGUGAGUACCGAAAGCUGACAAAAGCCAGGAGUUUCAUGCUAAAGCUUAAACCUUGUCACUAAAUCUGUGGAAGCCCAUUUAUAAAAGACUCUGUCCUGAGAGCAAGUGAUUUUAUGCUGAAUGUGCGCUGUAUAGUUAAGCACAGAGAAAAAUUAACAGAUGAGUCUUGGUCUCGGCACUGAAUUUUCUUGUUGCUUUUGUCAAUUUUGAGCUUUGGUCUUGACACUGAAUUUUCUUUUGUUAUUCGUAAGCCAGAGUCUCCCCAAGUGACUUUCCUUUUAUUUUGUUGAUAUUGCAUUGAAGGGACACUGCCAAGUACGCUAAGCUGUACGCUUAGGUUUUGUAAAAUAAAAUGGUUACAAAAAUCUAAAAAAAACCACUUUCAAUAACAUUAAGUAAACUAUGAAAACUAUUUAUUUUUACUUUGUUUAGCACUUUCCUACAGGUUGGGAAGUCAAACACCACAACACUGUCCCAGUACAUGAGAACAGGAGGUAAAACUAACCUCUUGGGGUUUAUUUUUCCGUAUUGCGUGCAAUGGAAAAACAAGUGUGGUAUAUCUGGUAAAAAAUUGCUCUUACAUACUCUUCCAUUUUUAUUUAUAAAUGGAACGGAGAAAUGUAUUUUUAACUUGAUGGUGUCCCUUCUAAAAGUUGACUUGAUAAAUUCUAACUACUACUGACCUUCAGCAAGUGGAUUGUAUGCGUGAUUCGAAUAUAAUUAAUUGUACAUGUGUAAAUGUCACAUUCCAUAGCUUUGUAUGCUUAAUUUCGUUUGUACGUAAGAGCACUGUGAGUCGUAAAAAAUGUAUAAAAAGUAGAAAAGAAUUAUAAAAAUACCCAAAGCAACAAAACCAUAUUACAGAUAAAUCCGUUGUCGUCUUAGUUAAAAACAGGUUUAGCUUGUACCUGCUAAAUAACUUCAAAGGAACAAAUUUCCGUUUUUAUUUUUUUAUAUUUGAGUAACUUAUAAUGAUCCACACUUUUUUAACGUUUAUUUAAGUGUUAUGCUCUGAGCCUUUUGUAUUUGUGUUUACAAACAGGUUGCACACCUCUGGAAAAGCUUGGUGUAUACUUUGAAAGAAGCUAUCUCAGUAAGACAGUUAUGCUGAUACUUGAUCUAAACUUAUGUUGGGAAGAGUUGCUUAAAGCUGAUCUAGAAAUUGCCCCAAAACGUUGAUAUUCAAAGGUCCCAACAUUGGUUACAGGGUCAGAAGCAGGAAUCCCCGUCCCCAUCCCUCCUCUGCUUAAUACAGAAUCUAUUAAAUGCUGCUUUGUGAUCUAAAGGAAAGGCCAGAUCACAGUCCUGUAUUUUCUGGGGAGCCACACAGUCAGCAAGCAGGCUCCCUCCCUGCUUUUUGUUUUAUUUCUUGGUUGGAGGAGGAGAAAUGUCGUUUCUUUGGUAAAAGGCUGUUGGUCAGGGGUUAUUUUACACCUCCUGUGGGCUGGCUCCUUCUUUUAACUUCAUCUCCUCAAACAGUGCUCAGAUUCUGGUCCUAACUGUGUGUAAUGCUCUCUGGGCAGUGCAGAUCCAUGGAUCGUUUUGUGUUUGUGUAGAGAAGGAAGAGCUGACUUCUGCAGAGCCGCUUACUGAGAUUAUGGAAGUGGCCCUGAUCAUCCCUUAGCUGAAGGGGAGAGUUGUGUGGCACACAGCAGUUCCUGAUGGCGGAGAGUAAAUUUUAGCUUUUACAGGCUUUGAAAGCGUUUCCCAAAGCUGUAUUUAAGAGCUGGAGGAAGUCUGCCAUCGGAACGGUUUAUCUCCAGUUCAGGCACACCCUGCUCCUUUCAACUUCAGUGGUCUCUCGUUGUCAUCUGCCUGUCAGAGGAUUUCUAAAAACGUAAUUGUUAACACUAGAGUUUAAAUAGGCCAAGUGACCACAUGGACUUUGCUAACAUUUCACCCCGUAGCAUUUUAACUUUUCUUGUUCUUCUCUUUUGUUUUAAUUUUUUUUUCCAGAUCAUCACAAAUCCAGAACUAAAUUCUGCUCUCAGUUGCUGCCUGAUAUAACACUCAUUUUGGUUGACUACAGGGAGUAAAUGUCAGUGGUGUAUAGCUCCCAGACUCUAAUUUUUGUAUAAAUUAUAUUAAAACAAAAAGCAGCUUAACACUUACUGGUAGAUGCUCAUGCAGUGUUGCAUAUUCAUUAUACCUGAGACCUGGUAAAAUGUCCUCUUAAAGUAAAUUUAGAACGUAGCACCUAAAACAAUUAUUUCUAGUCUACUGAAUUUUCUGAUUUUAUUAAAAAUUGGCACUGAGUUUUGGAAGCAUACAAAUAAUGUUGUAUAUUCGUUAUCCAGAAGAGGGUGCCCUGCUGUUGAAAGUCAUAUCUUCCCAUAGUCUAAAGGAUUCCCCCACCUUGGGACUGAUACAACAGGAGAAGCAGCAGGAUGUUGCAGGCUAACAAGUCAUGACCACUUGUAAUCUCUUAUAUAUAUUAUUGGUCAUAAUAGAAAUGCAUAGAUGGACAAAUACUAAAGUAUCAAUGAAACAAGCAUCGAAAAGAAACUCGUUCCCAAAAGUUCUUCUGCAGCUUCUCCUAGCAUAACUAAAGGUUGUGGUCAGUGUUUCUGUUACAAAUUUGUCUUUUUCAGGGUUCAUAACGCACAAGUAAAAACACUUUUGAUGGGCUGAAAUUUGCCCACGCAGCCCAGCUGAGGGGUGAACUUCUUUCUUUCCACUUUUACCUAAUUUUAUAAAUGUGACUUUGAGCAGUUCCUAAAUCGGGGUGAAAAAUUACUGGGCUCCGACACACUUUUUUGCGGGACUGUUUAAACAUUUUUGGGCCCUUUCAUAGAAACUUUGGAAGUCCACAGUUCUGGGGGGGUUUUUUCCCCUUUGAAAUAAAAUAGCUGAGAGAGUGGCUGCCAUUCACACUCAUCCUCUUGUGCAAGGCUUUGAUAUUUGUAACCAAGCGUGCACUAUUGGUAGUGUGCUUACAGUAUUCUUCAGAGGACUCCUGGACAUUGUCAUGUGUUCCAGAUUCUCCUUUUUAACACACUGAGGCUCCUCCUUUAAAUAGAGCGAUACUACUUAAAAUCACCGUUGGAUUUGAAUGUUAUUGUAAUCUGCUACUCUCCUGGAUUAACUUCAAGGUUUUUAUUCCCCUUUUUAAUUUUAAGACUGUGCAAGACUAAACUAAAGGUAGACAUUUAGCAGCAUCUCAUGUACAGUCACUUUCGCUGCUGUCCCGGCAAACCCAAGGUCAUACUCAUACUUUUCCCUGGCCUGAGUACCGGGAGCUUCAGUUGGAGCUGCAAGGGUGAAUGCUUUGGAAACGCAAGGAAAAAUCACUAGUGGACUAAAGGAUUGUUCACACGAUAGAACCGGACCGUGUUUGAACACAUUGGAGAGAAGUUGUUUCUGAUGCUGCAAUGCUGACAACUUUGCAGUCAGGGUAAACCAGGUCAGUUCUCGUGCAGCAUCACGUCCGUGUGCCAAGUUUGUCUUAGCCCAGGGAAAUUUAAUCCCAUUUAUUUGACGCUGUGCUGAAGAACCUUUGUUCUUUUUUUCACUAACCGCAAAAUCGUGGUGGUCCAGUUGCUGUUAUCUAGCUUGAUUUUUUUUUUUUUUUUUUCCCCCCCCCCCAUAGUAUUCCUACAUGAUUAAGUUGUUCGGGGUCAUCCCCUCAGAGUUUUCAAGAGGCAACAGUGGAAAGAAAAAUUUUUUUUUUAAUAAUAAAAUAUACUUGUAAAAACUCUACUUUGGCAGGGCUACUGGGAAACUAUUUUUUAAAUUCACUUUGACUGAAUUUGAAGCUUUCGGUGUCCUUCAAAGUCAGAGCCAUUCUGAAGCCAGCGGGCACUUUUGUGCUCAUAUCUAAUUUGUUUCAGUUCUGUUUCCUUAUGUGCAUAGAUCCGCAGCCUUGCUUUUCAGUUGUAGCUGCCAGGUGGUAGAUUAAUGCUCCCUCUAGCAAUCUAAUGCACUUUUCCUAGAAGCCAGUUGUAGAAAGGUAGGGCCCAGAGGUCACCAGUCCCUCCACCCCGCUUUCUGUUUUGAGAAUAGAUGCUGUUUGCCCUGCUCCAGUCCUGCGGGACCUUGACACACUCCUCCAGGUCUCAAAGAUAAUUACCAGUGGUUCAGAGAGUGCUUUGGCUAGUUCCAUAUGUAGUCCAGGGAGAGCUUCAUCUGCCUCUCACCUCCUCCUAUAUACUUCAGAACAAAUGCAUUAAUGAUAGCUAACAGAUCUUUUCUUGCCUGUCUUUUUUGAUCGAGCAAUAUAUUCUUCUGAGCCAAUGCUUCUGUCCAUCAGUCUAUUCCCCUAAGCCUCUGCAGUGCCAAUUAAAUUGCAGAUUAUGUGGUGAGCUAAAACUUCACAUUCUUCUUGCUCAUUUCUCAUACUCCCGCUGUUUGGGUAGCAACGUCUCUGAUGUUUGGCAGGCUGCCCUGGUAUUCUCCCCCCCCCCGGUCUUUUCUAUUCCCACUUGCAGCUCUCUGACCAGUUUACCAGCCCCCUUUAAGCCUAGAUUAAAACCUUCCUAGUAGAUCAUCAUCCUAAAAUGUUCUUUCCCUUUCCUGUAAGGGGGACCUUUCCUCUUCUGCACGUUCCUUAAUGGACACUAUUCGCUGGUCAAGGAAGCCCAAGGGUCAGUGCAGCCAUGCAUUCUCUUCCACUGCACAUAUCUGGAUCCUUGGUCCUUUCCAACGUGCAAGUUACUGUAUUUAUCUGGAACAAAUACUACCCAAAUUGCUGUUCCAGAGCUUCACACAACAUAAAGCAUGUUACAAUAGAUGCUAGCUUCUGUCUUAGACAAAACAUUUGAUUGUUAAAAGUAAAUCUAUGACUUAGUUAUCUAACUAGAUUAUCUAACUAUAGCCUAGUUCAUUAGAUGAAAGUAAGACGUUCAUGCAAACCUUGCCUCUGUUUAAUGGAGUGGCACACUUUUGACCCCGUUUCAUUAUCUUGCAUAUCUACAGCUUAAAAAAAGGAAUAAACUAGAAUGACUGUAGAUUUAAAUAGAGGUUCCUACAACCAUGUGCUUACUAUUUUUUGCCCCUACUGAAAGUGAGCUAGCCACGGGGCACUAUUGCUGCACACCGUAGGGUAACAAAACACCCCUCGUUUGACUCUUAGCUGUGUACCAACACUUACACACACCAUAUUUCAGCCAUUUGUUUAGGGCCCCGUCCUGAAAGCAUUGUAGGCGCCACAUCCCCGUUUAGUUCAAGGAGUACACAAAAUAUUCCACAUAUGAAGGACUUGGAUCCUUUCAGCUGGAGUGAAUCAACAUUGCUUAAAUGAACUCGGUGUUUUUACGCUGACUUAACCCAGCUGUGGAUGUGGUUGUUAAAGUUUAAAACGGGUGUGAGACUCGCACGUGCCUCCAAGCCAGAUCUUGGGUCACAUCUGGACCCGGCAUCAGUGCUGGGUGAUGAGCAGCAUGGGCUUAGCACAGCUGUCAUUCCUUCCCUCCGUGCUUCCCCACCAGCACCAACGCGCCCACGCAUAUGGGCUCCGUAGCUGGGACUGGAGCAGCACGCUCCACCCCUGCCACUAAAAUGAACUGGCCUUGCUGGGAGCUCUGCAGGCCAGAUGUAGCCUGCGGGUUGCCUGUGUGACAGCCCGGCUUUAAAACCCUGAAUACGCUCAUGGUUUGAAAACUGUCGCUGGCUUUUCUUUGACUAUUGCCAUGUAUGUGCGCCCUCGUCCUUUACCACAAUCUUUGUUUUCAAACUCAGUUGUUAAAUUCUUGAAUUAACAAUGUGUAUCUGACAGAAAACUGGUUAUUGUACUGACUUCUCUCGUCAGCGAAAACAGAAGCUAGCACUGUAAGUAUUACAAUCUGGGUCUUCAAAGUUUACAUCCCUCGUUAGCCAUGUGUCCGCUACCAGCUCUUGUAACUCUUCGAGUACCUCGAGCCAUCUACUCUUUAUAGGAUUUUUUUAUAGUAAAACAGAAUGAUUUUUUUAUUUUUGUAGUUUAUACCUUCAGUAUGUAUAGGAGUUAUUUCUAUUCAACCACUAAUAUUCUGAAUAUUGUGAAAAUGUGAAGCUCAAGAGUGGUAAUGUAGUUGUAGUCGCUUAACUAUUACUUAUGGAAAAAAAAAUACCAGCAUGUCAGAGGCUUAAAAAAAAAAUGCCUGUUCUUUAGUGUGGAAGUGUUUUGAUGUUGUGAUAUGGUUUUUAUCACCUCUGUAUAUGCAGGGUCCGAAAUUGCACUAAACAGGAAAAAAAGGAGCUUUUUACAGAUCUAAAGAGUGGGCCAAGCUGUGGACUCUGUAGCAUUUUAGGAUUCUUUUCAACCAGAAAAAAAUGAUGGUUGUGGGUGUUCACUGGCUUUUCCCAUAACGGGUUGAUGCUGGGACCAUCAGUAACCUACACUGCUGCCUGCUGUUGCAUAUUAAGACAGCAGUUUUGAAGAGUGCUCACAAAUGAACACGUGCUGUUUUCCUCGCCACCAGCUCCCCGUCAUUCUCCCCCCCAAAAGAAAAGACUUAACUGCAGCUGUAAAUAGCAGAGUCUUAUUUGCAAAGGCAUUAACUAGCCAGCUUGACAUUGCAUCUCCAGAGUACCUUUUUAAAAAGGCAUUCGAUGCAUUUAUAUCGUCUUGAGCUUCAAGAAAUGCCAUCUGACCCCAAAUUAGAAUGAAUUGCUCUUCUGUUUCCAAAAGCAAGGGUAAGCUGAAAGGGGGGUGUUUACUGUAGAGCUCAGACUGUCCUGUAUUCUCAUUGUGCGCACAGAGCGGUGUGGUUUGAGCCAUUUUAUUUUUGCUGGCAAAACUUCCUGCUUUUUUUACCUUGUCUUUGGACACGAUCUUAGUAUCCUCCUAAAGCAGGUGAUGGCCCCGCUGACUUGAAUGGGGAAUUUAUUGCCUCGAGAGCACGUGUUUGGUCUCUGUGGUAGUCUAGCAACAAGAUGAAUAAAUUAUUAUGUGUAACUGUUGUGUAUUAUGAUGAUGAUGAUGAUUUAAAAAAACCCAACUUGAGCCAGGUUCUGUCCUUAAAUGUAACUUCAGUGAAGUCAACAGGACUCUGCUGGUUUCAGUGGACUCGCUCCAGACAUGCAUCGCUGUGACGGAGUUGAAAUUGCCAUCAGUCAGGUUUGUCAUCUCCCACUUUGUUUCAUGACUUAGAGAAACGCAGAGGUAGGAUAAGAUGCCUCCCUAGAGGCUGUUUGCUUCAUACGCCUCUCAGACCUUUGCAAAUAAAAACUUCUCCCCUCCUUGACUCAGUUUCCUAAAGCAGCUUUCUGUUGUCUUGUUCUGUAUUUAUUGUACUUCUCUGUGUGAAUGGACUGAAGAAAAUGUGCGUGAAUUUAAAGUAUUUGAACCCAUUUCACUUGGUUUGUACAUUGUUGGUUUCACCAAACUGAAUAUCAGCUUGCAAAAUCUGUAAUAAACUAGUGAAAUUAUUUGA